AUGAGCUUGGAUAUAUCAGUAUCGUUUAUGAGAGCUCGUAAAAGAGUGCUGAAUACAGAAUUUUGCCAAGCUUGUCUUUAUUUGUUUAAACUUUCUACCAGUCAAUGUAUAGCUUUCCUAACAACAGGUGGCCGGUCAACUUGUCAGAUGGGUCUAUUAAACCUUUUACGUAAGCUUAAGUCAAAACCAGAACAAGAGAUCAGGAUUCUUCUUCUUGGUCUGGAUAAUGCAGGAAAGACAACAAUACUCAAGCAUUUAGCGUCCGAAGACAUAUCACAAACAACUCCCACCCAGGGUUUUAACAUCAAAAGCGUUCAAUCUCAGGGAUUCAAACUGAACGUUUGGGAUAUUGGAGGACAGAGAAAAAUUAGGCCAUACUGGAAGAACUAUUUUGAAAAUACAGAUAUAUUAAUUUACGUGAUAGACAGUGCGGAUAAGAAACGCUUUGAAGAAACUGGUGAGGAGCUUCUGGAACUUUUGUCAGAAGAUAAAUUAGCCGGUGUACCUUUAAUUAUAUUUGCCAAUAAACAAGAUUUACUUACCGCUGAACCAGCGAACAGAAUAUCAGAUGGACUUGGAUUGUUGACGAUUAGAGAUAGACCAUGGCAAAUUCAAGGGUGUUCGGCAAUGACAGGCAAUGGUGUACAGGAGGGAAUGGAAUGGGUUAUAAAGACGGUAAAUAGUCGUGGGAAACUGAAAUGACCAAUUCAUCAUACCCCACCCAUACUCUCACUUCUACUUCUACUUCUGAAUCCUUAAUCUUACUGACCUGCUUCACUUUUCUUCUACAAAGAGAAAAUAAAUAUGAUUCCUUUAUUAAAAUCCCAUUCUAUAUUACAACCAGUAUUGCAUAAUAACUCGUUUCUACUCAUCUUGUGGAAUAUUGAACCGAAAAAAAAACAGUCGUAAUAUCCAAUCAAACUGAAGUCUACUGUACGAUGCAGUAGAAUGGCCAAACUUCAUUUUCAAUCCGAAUUGAACCAGUAAACAAUGAAACUGUCUGAUUCGAUUCUAUUCGCUUCGAUGAGUCAUUGUCAUUUUCUAGUUUUGCUGUGUUUCCACAUGUUCUUCUCCACAAACAGGGCGUAUAUAUAUAUCUAUAUACAUAUUUCAUGUUUUCUCUUUUUAUUUUCACAUUCAAAUAUACUGAUAAAUACAUGUGAAUACAUUGCCAUGUGUACAUAGACUGUGUAUCACGAAUAAAAUAAAUGCUUUGAAUU